AUGGCUGCUGGAAGGUUACUGCUGUAUGCUGGCCUCUCUUUAGCUUUGUGUGCCCUGGGCAUGCUGGCUGUGGCUAUCUGUUCAGACCAUUGGUAUGAAACUGAUGCCAGGAAACACAGAGAGAGGUGCAAGAGCAUCACCACUAAGAGAAAUGAUCCUGGCUUCAUUUAUAACUCCAACAACAACCUGCCUCUCAGGGCCAGCAGGUCUAGGUUGGACCGCUGGGAAGGGAAACUCCUCUUGGCACGAAACAGGAGGCAGAUCUUUGCCAUGAGCGCAGUCGAUGAGUGCAACAGACAGUACAACUCGACCAACAUGGGGCUCUGGAGGAAAUGCCACCGACAAGGAUUUGACCAAGAGCUGGAGGAGCUCAUUGCCAAAGGAGCAAUUGAGCGGUGCACGUACAUCAAGUACCACUACUCCUCAGCGACCAUUCCCAAGAACCUCACCUACAACAUCACCAAGACAAUCCGCCAGGAUGAGUGGCAUGCCUUGCAUCUGCGCAGGAUGACAGCUGGCUUCAUGGGCAUGGCUGUGGCCAUCAUCCUCUUUGGAUGGAUUAUUGGGGUGCUGGGGUGCUGUUGGGAUCGAGGCCUUAUGCAGUAUGUGGCAGGGCUUCUCUUCCUCAUGGGAGGAACCUUCUGCAUCAUUUCACUGUGCACAUGUGUGGCUGGAAUCAACUUUGAGCUCUCCCGCUACCCCCGCUACCUGUACGGACUUCCUGACGACAUCAGCCAUGGCUAUGGCUGGUCCAUGUUCUGUGCAUGGGGGGGCCUGGGCCUCACUCUUAUCUCUGGCUUCUUCUGCACUCUGGCUCCUUCUGUCCAGCCUGUCCCCAGGACCAACUGCCCCAAAUCUAGACCUGAGAAUGGGACAGUGUGCUAA